AUGUCAGCAGAUCAUUCCAGAGAUCCGUGCCCCGUUGUCAUUCUAAGCGACUUUGGUGGCGCGUUCGCCAUGGGUGUCAUUGGUGGGUGCGUAUGGCACGGUAUCAAGGGUUUCAGAAACUCGCCCAUGGGCGAACGCCACGUGGGAGCGUUGAGCGCGAUCAAAGCUCGCGCUCCCGUUGUAGGAGGUAAUUUUGGUGUGUGGGGUGGCCUGUUUUCCACCUUUGACUGUGCUGUGAAGGCCGUGCGGAAGCGCGAGGAUCCGUGGAACGCGAUCAUCGCCGGUUUAUUCACAGGUGGCUCUCUAGCCAUCAGAGGAGGAUGGAGACACACCAGAAAUAGUGCAAUUAUGUGCGGUUGUUUGCUGGGUGUUAUGGAAGGUGUCGGGCUGAUGUUCCAGCGGUACGCCGCUUGGCAAGCCAAGCCCAUGGCGCCACCUCUGCCCGAACCUCAACAGCCUCCGGCGUUGCAAGCCUGA